AUGAAAUCUGCACCCAGGAGAACACAAGCACCUAAUGUCCCACUCACUACUGUGAGUCAGGAGACUCAAUCAAUUGUUGUGAAUACUGGUGGUGAUGGUCUUGAUGAUGAUUCUGAUGAGGUAUUAGAUGCAUUCAUGGAGAGUUUAGAACAAAACGAUGUUGGCAUAGAUGGUGUUGAUGUUAUAGAUGGGGUAGGGGAAGAGUUAGAUGCAGAAGGCAGUGAUGAGGGUGAAGGAGAAGGGGAUGGAUCAUCUGAUGAUGAUCCAGACUUCAAGGUGGUUUAUGAAUCAGAUAAUGAGGAUAUUUUGUUGUAUGAGUCUGAUAGUGAUGAUGAGGUUAGGAUGCGUAAGGCUGGAAAUGCUAGGUAUGAUCCUAAGGAAGUUGCUGAGCAGUAUAUAUUUGAACUUGGGAUGGAGUUUAAAACAAUUUUCGAGUUUAAAAAUGCUGUGAGGAGUUAUGCUGUUGAUGGAGGUUAUCAAAUUCAUUUUGUUAGGAAUGAGAAAAAUAGGUGUCAAGCCAAGUGUGUUGUUGGAUGUCCUUGGAAUAUUUGGUGGUCCAAAAUAAGGGGUCAAGAGACUUUUCAGAUCAAAACAUACGUGAGGAGACAUAAGUGUAAUAGGAGGUUGCCAAAUAAACAAGCCAAUAGUUCAUGGCUUUCUCUCAGGUUGGUGGACAAGGUCAGAGGUGAUCCUAAGAUUAGUGCUAGUGCAUUGGUGACCUAUGUGAAAGAAAAAAUGUCUCUGUCCAUUUCAAGAACACAUGCUUAUAGGAGUAAGACCAAGGCAUUGGAAAUUAUCGAUGGCAAGCACAAGGAACAAUAUGGAAAAUUGAGAAGCUACAUGGCUGAGAUAUUAAGGACUAACAGUGGCAGUUCUUGCAACAUAAUUGUAGACAGGGAGAGGCCAGAAGAUCCUGCAGUGUUCAAGAAAGCAUAUAUGUGUUUGGCCCCAUUGAGGGAUGGAUUCCUUGCAGGUUGUAGACCUUUGAUUGGCCUAGAUGGUUGUUUUUUGAAGACAACUUAUGGUGGACAACUACUGACAACUGUUGCACAUUAUGGAUGUAAUGGAAUUUUUCCAAUAGCUUGGGCUGUAGUUGAAAACGAAAAUGGAGAUUCUUGGGAUUGGUUUCUUAGAAAGUUGUUGCUUGAUAUUGGAGGAAUUGAAAGUAGGAGAUGGGCUUAG